UUUCAUAAUUGACAGAAACACCCACAAAAAGAGAUUACGAUACCAUUUUUUCCAAUACUUUUUGAACUCUCUUUGUUAAACAAUCAAACAAGAACAAUUUCGUUUGUACUUUGUCAUCCGAUCCUUUACGAUUUCAACGUUAUGAAUCACCGUUUCGUGAAGAUUGUCUAAGCAAUACAACCUCAAACAUGGAUAAUACCGAUUGUGAGAGCGAAAACCCCGUGAAUAUCAGCGACAGUGAGUCCGAAAGCAACUACGAUGAAGACGACGAGGCCACCCUCAUAGCGCCCCCUCAAGUCGAAGACACCAAAAAUUGCUUAAAGACGAGACACGUUCUGGGCAUACUGGGCUUCUUCGGCUUCGCCAACGUGUACGCUAUGCGAGUUAAUCUAUCUGUAGCUAUAGUAGCUAUGGUGAAUAGUACCCAACCGGUACCUAGUUCUAAUACAACGUUCGACCAAUGUCCAGUACCGAAUAUUACAAAUUCCACGGAACCUGUAAGACCCGGCGAGUUUAAUUGGGACGAACAGACGCAGAGUAUCGUAUUAGGCUCGUUUUUCUACGGUUACGUUUUGACCCAAAUGCCCGGAGGGAGAUUGUCGGAAAUCUUCGGGAGCAAACGGGUGUACGGCAUGGGUGUCUUGAUAACUUCGGUAUUCACUUUGCUCACGCCCAUCGCGGCACGAAUCAAUUUCACGUUGUUCAUUAUAGUGAGGAUUUUGGAAGGAAUGGGAGAGGGAGUGACGUUUCCAUCGAUGCACGCGAUGAUUGCCAGAUGGAUACCGCCAUUGGAAAGGAGCACUUUCGCCGCGUACGUGUACGCAGGCGCCAAUUUGGGCACCAUUAUAUCGAUGCCUUUAUCCGGUUGGCUGUGUUCGUUGGAUUUGGACGGCGGUUGGCCGUUGAGUUUCUAUCUAUUCGGCGUGCUGGGCAUCGUGUGGUUCUUCCUUUGGAUUUUUCUCGUGCACGAUACGCCUUCGACACAUCCACGAAUCGAUCCACAGGAAAAAGCUUAUAUUAUAGCAUGCGUAGGACCGCAGGUAGUGGAUAGAUCGCCGAUUCCUUGGCGUAAAAUGAUGAAGUGCGUACCAUUGUGGGCGAUAUUGGUGACGCAAUGCGGCAAUUCGUGGGCGUUUUACACCCAACUGCAGGAAUUACCGACGUACAUGGGACAAAUAUUGCAUUUCAAUAUACAAGCGAACGCCAUUUUGUCGGCUAUACCUUACCUGACCAGUUGGAUAGCUGGUAUUCUGUUCAGUCUACUCGCCGAUUGGCUACUGAGCAAGGGUUACUUAUCUCUUACUAUGUCGUACAAAAUAUUUAACUCCAUAGCUACCAUAAUACCUUCUCUGGGUAUAUUGGGUGUGGCGUACGUGGGAUGCGAUAAACUGGCCGUGCAAUUAUUAUUGUCCAUAACGGGUGCUUUCGGAGGAGCCAUAUUCGCCGGUAACCAAAUGAACCACAUAGCUUUGAGUCCCAAAUACGCCGGAACCAUGUACGGUUUCACCAAUACGGCCGGGAAUAUGUGCGGAUUUUUGGCCCCUUAUGUCAUUGGAUUGAUCAUCGAAGGAAGAGAAACCCUGGGGCAAUGGAGAAUGGUUUUCUACCUCGCCGCUGGUCUUAGCAUAGGCGGUAAUCUCUUUUACAUUAUAUUCGGGAGCGCUCGGGAACGAUCUUGGGCCAGAGGAGUACGAAGAACGAGCGCUAUUAAUUGACGGAGUCUCUUCGUAGAUGUGACAAUUCGAGCCCCUAGAAUCUCUAGGGAUUUUUUUUAGUACAAUAUUUACUUAUACAUGUAUUGAUAAAAAAAUGAAAUGUGAUCUGUUAUAUACCUACAUUAAGGAUAAAACUAUAAUGUAUUAUUAUAACCAUUUAUAUUCCAAAGUUGAAUCUUAGAAUAUAUUUAUUUUCUUUACUACGA